GGUCUCUCUCCCUCUCUCUCUCUCUCUCUCCUCGCCUCUUCUCUGCUCGUGCGACCGCUUCACGCCGCCGGCCGCCCAACCACCGCUCCGACCGACGAGCCCGUCGCCGCCGCCGCCGCCGAGGAUCACGGUCUUCGCAGGGUUUCCUCGGUGGAAGCUGCGGCAGUGCGCGCACUCGUGCGCUCGCUGUUCGUCGCCGGUUCUGCGCUGCUGGAUUUUGGUGGGUGGAGGCUGAUUUUGCUCUGAGCGCCGCCUAUCCGCCUAGCACCGCCGCCGCCGCAUGAGGAAGUAUCUGCCAAGUGCACGGCUCCCGUCGCUGAGCUGCCGUCGCCUCCAGGUCUCCGCCGGGCACCGCCGACUAGGUGGAUUGGCGUAAUUUUCUUCUUCAGUGAUCCUAUCAUCUUAGGGUGAUUUGUUGUUUUUCCCUGCCAGUCCGAUUCAAGCAGGUCAGAGUGGCUCGAUUUGGUGCACUAUCUCUGCAAAAAAGCUUCGGAUGCGAGAUCCUUGUUAAAUUGCAAUGGACUUAGGGUUUACUGUUCAGUGAUACCACUUGCCACAUUGAAGUCAGGAGAAAAGCUGUUUCAAAAGCUCCUCAGAGCUACUGCUGGGUGGUUUAACUAAGCUGGGUGAUAGCAUGAUCAAGCAAAUCCUUGGGCGGUUUCCGAAGAAGCCAUCCAAAUCCGGGGACAAGGACCCUACUGGCAGGCCAAGCUCCUCAGUGCCAAAUCCACCAUUGGGUCCAAGAGGUGCAGAAAGGUCCUCCAACUUGAGUAGCCAGCCACCAGUUAUCUCAAGCUCUGGGCUUAGUUAUGGAAGUGGUAUGCAUGUUGGUAAUACAAACUCAAAGUUGAAUGGAAAGCUGGUACAACCGACUGUUGAGUUGCUGCCAAGCUUUAAGGAUGUGCCCAACACAGAGAAGAAUAACCUGUUUGUCAAAAAACUUAACUUGUGUUGCGCUACAUUUGACUUUACAGAUCCGACAAAGAGUGUAAAGGAGAAGGAAAUAAAGAGGCAAACUUUGUUGGAACUCGUUGACUAUAUUGCCUCAGCCAAUGGAAAGUUUCCGGAGUUAACUAUGCAAGAGCUCACAAGGAUGGUUUCUGUAAACUUGUUCAGGACACUGACUACCCCGCCCAGAGAGAGUAAGAUUGAAGCCUUUGAUUUGGAUGAGGAGGAGCCUGUGAUGGAUCCUGCAUGGUCACACUUGCAGAUUGUUUAUGAGCUGUUCUUGAGGUUCAUUCAGUCUCCAGAGACUGAUGCCAAGUUGGCCAAAAGAUACAUCGAUCAUUCAUUUGUCCUGAGAUUACUUGACCUCUUUGACUCAGAGGACCCUAGGGAGAGGGAGUACCUCAAGAUGAUACUUCACCGGGUCUACGGAAAGUUCAUGGUUCAUCGGCCAUUUAUAAGGAAAGCAAUCAACAAUAUCUUUUAUCAGUUCAUCUACGAAACUGAAAAACACAAUGGGAUUGCAGAGCUGUUGGAAAUUUUAGGAAGUAUCAUCAAUGGGUUUGCGUUGCCACUUAAGGAGGAGCAUAAAUUGUUCCUUGUCCGAGCCCUGAUUCCACUUCACAAGCCAAAGUGCAUCUCAAUGUACCAUCAACAGUUGUCUUACAGCAUUACACAGUUUGUUGAAAAAGAUUGCAAGCUUGCAGACACUGUUAUCAGGGGCCUAUUGAAAUAUUGGCCGAUCACAAACAGCUCCAAGGAGGUCUUGUUUUUGGGAGAGUUGGAAGAGAUAUUAGAGGCUACACAGCCUGCAGAGUUUCAGAAAUGCAUGGUUCCUCUUUUCCGUCAGAUUGCACAUUGCCUAAACAGUUCUCAUUUUCAGGUUGCUGAGAGAGCAUUGUUUUUGUGGAACAAUGAUCAUAUUGAGAAUCUGAUCAAACAAAAUAGUAGGGUGAUAUUACCCAUCAUUUUCCCUGCACUGGAGAGAAAUGCUAAUGGACACUGGAACCAAGCUGUGCAAAGCCUCACGCUUAAUGUUCGGAAAUUGUUCUCCGAUCAUGAUGCUGGACUAUACGAUGAGUGUCAGCGGAAAUAUGAGGAGGACAAAACCAAAGAGAAGGAAAUGAAAUUGAAGCAACAAGUUGCAUGGAAACGUCUGGAAGAGAUGGCAUCAGCAAAAGCAACGAGUGGAGCAGCUGUGCUUGUCUCAAGAACCUUACCUCGCCAAUCUUCAGGUGUCUAGCAAAUUAUCAGUGGUCCUUGGAGAUUCAUGGAACAUUGUACAGGAUUGAACUGUACAUACAAGGUAUAUCAAGGCGCGCAAAUUGAUGGAAGAUUCGAGAAGCCAGUUGGGUUAUGCACAGAGUACCAGCAUCACCUCUCAAUCCUGAGUCUUUGCUUUUGGCAUGCUGAGAUCCGCAGUUAAUUGCUUUAUCAUUUAAACCUUGUCCGAAGUUGGUUGUGAUUUGUUUUCAGCUGGUGCUGCAACCUUCCCAUUGGUGUUUGUUUCCGAAGCAAAUGGUUGUUGGCAGAUUGGUGGUCAGUAGAUAGAAGUUAGUUAGACCUUCAAAAUGAGUCGUCGCUAUUCUCCAAGUUGGCAUUGGCCUUCAUGGUUGUAAAGGGAAACUUUUUUUUUUCUUGAGUACAAUAUGGACAAAUUUCGCUCA